GCUACCAUAACCAGCACAUGUUGAUAAAGAGCAAGAUUUGGCUCCCUUUGAGCUGUUUAUUUUGAAUUUCAAGAAUUUCUGACCAUGUCGACGGAGCCAGCGGUGGCCAAGGAUGCAGUGCUGAAGCGCAGCGAGGCUCUGGCGGAGAACACGCCCCAAGUCAGUGGCUACGAUUUCAACAAAGGGCUAAACUACAGUAAGCUCUUCGAGUCCUAUGUGAACACCGGAUUUCAAGCCACAAAUCUCGGCCUGGCCAUUCGGGAAAUCAACAGAAUGCUGGAUUGCAGGGACCAGCCAUUGGAAGCGGAUCAAAUGGACAGCCAUGAAACAGAUGACUUCAUCCGUCGAAGGAGCAAGUGCACCGUAUUUCUGGGCUACACAUCCAAUUUGGUUUCAUCGGGCCUGCGAGAGACCAUUCGCUUUCUGGCCGAGCAUCGUAUGAUCGACUGCAUUGUGACCACAGCCGGCGGCGUCGAGGAGGACUUCAUCAAGUGCUUAGCUCCCACGUUCAUGGGUUCAUUUGAGCUGAGCGGCAAGGAUCUCCGCGAGCGGGGAAUCAACAGGAUUGGCAACCUGCUGGUGCCGAACGAUAAUUAUUGCAAGUUCGAGGACUGGGUGAUGCCGUUGCUUGACGAGAUGCUGGAGGAGCAGAAAUCCCAGGGAACUGUCUGGUCGCCUUCAAAGAUUAUUGAUCGGUUGGGCAAUCGCAUCGACGAUCCCAGUUCCAUCUACUAUUGGGCAGCCAAAAAUCAAAUACCAGUGUUUUGUCCCGCCUUGACGGAUGGCAGUUUGGGCGACAUGAUGUAUUUUCACUCCUUUCGACAACCUGGUCUCGUGGUGGACAUUCUAUCCGAUCUGCGACGACUUAACACAAUGGCUGUUAAGGCGGUCAACAGUGGGAUGAUCAUCGUAGGCGGCGGUGUCAUCAAGCAUCACAUAUGUAAUGCCAAUUUGAUGCGGAAUGGAGCGGAUUAUUCCGUGUUCAUUAAUACCGCCUCGGAGUUUGACGGCAGCGAUAGCGGCGCUCGUCCUGAUGAGGCCAUAUCCUGGGGCAAGAUCAGGAAGGAUGCCACCCCUGUUAAGGUCUAUGCCGAGGCUAGCUUGGUCUUUCCAUUGAUAGUGGGCGAAACGUUUGCCAAGCGACAUCAUAGCGCCGGUAAAGAGCUUCCCCGAGAGACCAACCAAGUGUAAAUAUAUACGGGAAAAUAAGAACAACGCAAUCAACGCAAA